GCAGGUUUCCUUCAGUCUGCGAGUCUCACCUGAGUAGACAUGAUGAAGUGGGCUGUUGUCUUCUGUGCCCUGGUGGCCUUCUCUGAGUGCCUUCGGGUCCCCCUGAACAGGGGCAAGACAGCCAGGGAGGCACUUAAGGAGAAGGGUCUCUGGGAAGAUUACAGGAAGAAGCAUCCUUACCAGCCCAUGGCCAAGUUCGAAGUGCAGGAUGGGGCUGAGAGCAUGACAAACGAUGCUGAUCUGGCUUACUUUGGCGUGAUCUCCAUCGGAUCUCCUCCCCAGUCCUUCAAAGUAAUCUUUGACACCGGCUCCUCCAACCUGUGGGUGGCCUCCACGUACUGCAACAGUGCUGCCUGCAACACCCACCAGAAGUUCAACCCUAAGAGUUCCAGAACUUUCCAGGCCACCCAGCAGUCUCUUAAGAUCCAGUAUGGAACCGGCAGCAUGACCGGCGUUCUGGGUUACGACAAUGUCGAGGUGGGCGGCAUUACAGUGAGCCACCAGAUCUUUGGCCUGAGCGAGUCUGAGGCCCCGUUCAUGGAGCACAUGGCUGCUGACGGCAUUCUGGGUCUCGCCUUCCCCUCCAUCUCCUCAGCUGGAGCCACCCCCGUCUUCGACAACAUGAUGAGCCAGGGCCUGGUCUCAGAGGACUUCUUCUCCGUCUACCUCAGUGGGGAUGCUCAGGAAGGCAGUGUGGUGAUGUUUGGUGAGGUCGAUGAUCAGCUCUACACUGGAAGCUUCUCUUGGAUCCCGCUCACCUCCGAGACAUACUGGCAGGUCCAGAUGGACAGUGUCAGCAUAAACGGCGAGAUCGUAGCUUGUAGUGAUGGAUGCCAGGCCAUUAUCGACACUGGAACCUCCCUCAUCGUUGGACCCUCCAAUGACAUAUCCAACAUGAACGCCUGGGUGGGAGCCCAAACAGACCAGUACGGUGACGCUGUCGUAUCCUGUGGAAAUGUCCAGGAGAUGCCUGAAGUCACAUUCACCCUCAACGGGCAGGCGUUCACCAUCCCAGCAUCUGCCUAUGUGGCUCAGACCAGUCAAGGCUGCAUGUCUGGCUUCGGCAACGGUGGCAGCCAACAGCUCUGGAUCCUGGGCGACGUGUUCAUCAGGCAGUUCUACACCGUCUUUGACAGGCAGUACAACAUGGUGGGCCUGGCUACCGUGGCUUAAAUGGCUCCCCAUGGCACAGCAAAUCAUUGUUGUGAGAAUGAUUACAUAUUCACAUCAUAUUUUAAAUAAAAAA